GUGAUUAUUUCAUUGAAUCUGAGUGCACGUGUAGUGAAAUGGCAGAAUUCAAUAGUAGGUGGAUUCGGGACCGGUUCAGCUGUUCAGUGUGUCUGGAUCUCCUGAAGGAGCCAGUGACCAUCCCCUGUGGACACAGUUACUGUAUGAGCUGCAUUACUGACUGCUGGAAUCAAGAUGAGCAGAGGAGAGUUUACAGCUGCCCUCAGUGCAGACAGACCUUCACUCCAAGACCUGCUUUAAACAAGAAUGUGAUGCUGGCAGAAAUGGUGGAGAAAGCAAAGGUGACAAGAAGAGCCCAAACAACUGACCCUGCUGUCAGUUACGCUGGAAGUGGAGAUGUGGAGUGUGAUGUUUGUAAUGGGAGAAAACGCAAAGCUGUCAAAUCCUGUCUGUUGUGUCUCGAAUCUUACUGUGAAAGUCAUUUUGAGUGUCAUGAAGAAUCGCGCUCAAAGAAACGACACAAAGUGACUGAUGCCACUGGACGAAUCCAGGAGAUGAUCUGCCCUAAACAUGACCGACUGCUGGAGGUUUACUGUCGGACUGACCAGAAGUGUGUAUGUUUAAUGUGUGUGAUGGAUGAACAUAAAAAUCACGACACUGUUUCAGCUGAAGCAGAGAGAGCUGAGAAACAGAAACAGGUUGGAGAAAUAAAAAGAAAAUGGUAUAAGAAAAUCCAAGAAAGACAGAAGGAGAAUCUGAAGCUCAGAGAAGACAUUAAGAAUCAUAAGAGCUCUGCACAGACAGCAGUGGAGGACAGUGAGAGGAUCUUUACUGAACUCAUCCAGUACAUUGAGAGAAGACGAUCUGAGGUCACACAGACGAUCAGAGAUCGAGAAAAGACUGAAGUGAGUCGAGCUGAAGGACUCUUGAAGAAACUGCAGCAGGAGAUUGAAGAUCUGAAGAGGAGAAACACUGAGCUGGAGCAGCUUUCACACACUGAUGACCACAUACAUUUCCUACAGAGUUUCCAGUCUCUCUCUGAAUCUCUGAAAUCAGCAGCCGUCCGCAGCCCAACCGUCAGUUCUGCCCAUCCUUAUGAAGAUGUGAGAAAAUCUGUCUCUAAUAUGAAACAAAAACUGGAGCAGCUCUGCAAACAGGCAACAGAGCAGAUAUCUGGUCACGUAACAUACAUCAACAUUAUUUCCAAUAAUGAACCCAAGACGAGGGAGGAGUUUCUACAAUACUCCUGUAAGCUCACUCUGGAUCCAAACACUGCACAUAAACAGCUUCAUCUGUCUGAUGAGAACAGAGUGGCUUCUUUCACUACUACAAUGCAUCCAUAUCCUGAUCAUCCGGACAGAUUUGAUACCUGGCCUCAGGUGUUGUGCAGAGAGAGUGUGUGUGGACGCUGUUACUGGGAGGUGGAGUGGACUGAUGGCGUCUCAAUAUCAGUGUCAUAUAAGAGCAUCAGCAGGAAGGGAGAAACUAAGCGUUGUUCAUUUGGACAUACUAAUGAGUCCUGGAGAUUGCAGUGUUCUCAAUCCAGUCACUUAUUUUUGCACAACGACAUAAAGACAAAACUCUGUGUAUCAAUGAGCUCCUCCAGAAUAGGAGUGUAUGUGGAUCACAGAGCAGGAAUUCUGUCCUUCUUCAGCGUUUCUCACACAACAAUGAGCCUCAUCAACAGAGUCCAGACCACAUUCACUCAACCGCUCUAUCCUGGGUUUGCAGUUUACGGAUCAAAAGUGAAACUCAUUCAUUUUUCUUCGGCUUAGUCUGUUAUUUAUUAGUGGUCACCACAGCGGAAUGAACCACCAACUUAAAGUAGUCAGACAGGAUUGUAGGUACACAAGUAAGUACACUUUAUUAUGAGUAAAGAGUCGAGUCAGUUGAGUCAGAGUCGGUUGUGAAUGAAAGUAAUCUACUGUUGCAAACUAAUGAGGCAUCAUAUGUUUUAAAGCUUGCUUUUUUGUUUUAAGCUGAAUUCUAGUAUCUUGCAAAAUGACUAUAAUAUUACUUACUGUCAUCAUGGUAAAGACAGAAAUUAGUCAGAAUAAACCAGUUAAUAAAACUAUUAUGUUUUAAAUGUGCUGAGAAAAAACUUUUCUCUUUCAAACGGUGCUUUGAAAAGACACGCAUCGUAAGCUUUUUCCUUAAAGGGGUGGUCCACUACAAUAUCCUUUUCUAAACUUUAGUUUUGUAGCUGUGUGAACAUUUGGCUAAAUCUUAAACAUCUGUGAAUGUAAUACACUCAAUGUUCAAUGCAAAGGGAGACAUUGGGCUUAGCAAAGUGUUAGCUUAGCAAAGCUUACAGCGAAUUAAGUUCUUCCCCUUAAUGUACAGUACGUAAAACUGUGGGAAUGUGUUUUUCAAUUAUUAAAAAUGAGGAGCAUUGCCCAGAUAUUUUAGUUAAUAGAGAAGUGAUAAAUAUAGUGGAUCAUUUUAAAUAAUUAGGUAUAAUUAUUGACUCUAAAAAAAAAAAAAA